AUGCACCCCCUGGUCAUUCUGGCGCUCGUUGUGCUCGUGCUGAUCGCCGUGGGUGUCCUCGUCUGCUUCUGCUACAGCCACGAGUCCAGCCUGACGUGUCCAACCGCUCUGCGACUGAGCACAGCGCACAGCGUGGCUGGGCUCUACAACGGUUACGCGGAUGGCAAAACCCCUACGACCACAGAACUCACGAGCCCAGCUGAGUGUUCUUACUCGAGCACCAUCGAACUGUACGACAGCACCUUUCAGAUCACAGAACCGUCGUGUCGUUUCGCCCCGGCCUUCGCGGGUCGGGAACCCAAGGGGCGACGGUUGUGCGUCGGGGAGGUCCUGGAGGGUGACAUGGUGCACGGUGACGUGACCCUCGAGAAGCUAGACUAUUCUUCCCGGCGUGCUUCGAGUGCCCUGUCGACGUCCUGUCCUUGUGUUCUGGCUGUUCCGGGGUCGUCUCCCUGCAACGGUACCCCGGUGCUAACUGUGCUCAAGGACAAGAUGAACCGUUGCGAACAGUGUUGUCAUGUAGAACCAUGUGUGGGGAGGGACCCGAGCCCGUUGCGCUCCGAAAUCAGGUCGGGUCAUCCGAUAGGAGAUUGUGAUUUCUCCGAUCGCUUCCCGUUGGGGUAGACUUUUUUUUUUUCGCCGCUGGCACAGAUGAUGGAGCCACAUAUCAUGCCUUUGUGUACGGUGUGUGGAGUUUCCACGGAUACUCUGAACUGUUGAUGUUACCGUUAUCGUUUCCAGAGCAACACGAACAAAGUAGGUUGUGAAAUAUAUUUUACUGAAGUACAAAACUUUUCAUCGGUUACA